AUGUUUCGCAGGGACCUUUCUCCUUCUCCUCCUUCUCUUCCUCCUCCCCUUUCUCUUGCAGAUUUCUACGCCUCUCUCCUCCAGACAAGUCUGAAAAACAAAGACCCUGUUUCUGGAAAAUCAGUUCAUGCUCUAGUAGUCAAAACUAGUCUUCACCUCGGUGUGUUCUUGAUGAACAAUCUGAUCAAUUUCUAUGCAAAAUCCGGAUUAAUAUCUGAUGCCCACCGUCUAUUCCAUGAAAUGCCUGUCAAGAAUAACUUUUCAUGGAACAUUUUACUUUCAGCAUAUGCGAAACAAGGUAGGAUUAACACAGCGCGUCAAGUAUUUGAGGAAAUGCCUUACCGUGACUCGGUGUCAUGGUCUGUGUUGAUCGUGGGUCAUAAUCAAAUGGGCUUCUUUGAAGAUGCAAUUCGGAUUUUUCUAGACAUGAUUUCUUCUAGAGUUACACCCACACAGUUUACAUUUACUAAUAUUCUGGCCUCUUGUGCUGCCAUGGAAGCUUUGGAUAUAGGCAAGAAGGUUCAUUCCUUUAUUGUUAAACUUGGGUUGAGUAGCUACAUUCCAGUGGCGAAUUCCCUCCUUAACAUGUAUGGAAAAUCUGGGGAUCAAACAAUGGCAAAGAUUGUUUUUGAUAGGAUGAGAUUGAGGAGCACAUCAAGUUGGAAUGCUAUGAUUUCGUUGCACACUCAAUCUGACCGUAUCGAUCUUGCUCUUGCCCUAUUUGAGCAAAUGACAGAACGAGAUAUUGUUUCUUGGAACUCGAUAAUUGCAGGCUACAAUCAACACGGAUAUGAUCGGGAUGCUUUGACUUUCUUCACAAGAAUGCUAAAAGAAUACUUUGUAAAUCCUGAUACCUUCACAUUUGUUAGUUCUCUGUCAGCUUGUGGGAAUCUGGAGAUGUUGAAACAUGGGAAACAAAUUCAUGCUCAAAUUAUUAGAUCUAGAACUGAUACUUAUGGCCCAGUUGGAAAUGCUCUGAUUUCAAUGUACUCCAAGUCUGGUGGAGUUGAAAUUGCCCAGAAGAUAUUCAGCAGAAGUGCAACUACCGAUCUCAAUGUAAUCUCAUUUACAGCUCUAAUUGAUGGCUACAUCAAGCUUGGGGACAUCAGCCCUGCCAGACAGAUUUUUGACUCGAUGAAAUAUCGUGAUGUGGUUGCAUGGACUGCCAUGAUUGUAGGUUAUGUGCAAAAUGGAUUUAAUAAUGAUGCAAUUGAGCUCUUUAGAUCCAUGCUGAAGGAAGGCCCCAAGCCUAACAACUUCACCCUGGCAGCAAUGCUAAGUGUUUGUUCUAGUUUGGCUUCUCUGGAACAUGGGAAGCAAAUUCAUGCUAGUGCUAUAAGGUCAGGAGAAGAAUUAUCAGUUUCUGUAGGCAAUGCCCUCAUUACCAUGUAUGCCAAAGCUGGGACCAUUGAAGGGGCCAGACGUGUGUUUAAUCAAGUCCAUUGGAACAGAGAUACUGUCUCUUGGACCUCUAUGAUCGUAGCUUUAGCUCAACAUGGUCUGGGAGAAGAAGCCAUAGCGUUGUUUGAAAAGAUGCUUACGUUUGGAGUCCAACCUGAUCAUAUAACAUAUGUUGGAGUGAUCUCUGCAUGUACCCAUGCAGGGUUGGUAGAAAAAGGUCAGAAUUACUUUAAUUUAAUGCAGAAUGUACACAUGAUUGAACCCACCCAAAGCCAUUAUGCCUGCAUGAUUGACUUGUUUGGACGUGCUGGAUUAUUCCAAGAAGCCCAAGAUGUCAUAGAGAAGAUGCCAAUCAAACCAGAUGUUAUAGGUUGGGGUUCACUUUUAGCAUCUUGCAAGGUUCAUAAAAAUGUGGAGUUGGCAAGAACUGCUGCAGAGAAUUUGCUAAGUAUUGACCCAGAACACAGUGGGGCCUAUUCUGCUCUUGCCAAUGUAUAUUCUGCGUGUGGAAGAUGGAACGAUGCUGCUAAGAUCCGAAAGUUAAUGAAGGAUAGAGGUGUAAAGAAAGAUCAAGGAUUUAGUUGGAUUCAGAUCAAGAAUAAAGUUCAUGUUUUUGGGGUUGAAGAUGGUAGUCACCCACAGAAAGAUGCAAUCUAUCAGGCAAUUGCAAAGCUGUGGGAGGAGAUUAAAAAGAUGGGUUUCAUCCCCGACACUGAAGCAGUAUUACAUGAUCUUGAAGAAGAGUUGAAGGAACAGAUAUUGAGCCAUCACAGUGAGAAGCUUGCACUUGCAUUUGGGCUUAUAAGUACUCCUGAGAAAACAACAUUAAGGAUCAUGAAGAACCUCAGAGUAUGUAGUGACUGCCACUUGGCCUUUAAGUUCAUCUCUAAGCUUGUGGGAAGAGAAAUCAUAUUGAGGGAUGUCACCCGUUUUCACCAUUUCAAGGAUGGAUCAUGUUCUUGUCAGGAUUAUUGGUAAAUUCAAGAGUUAAUUAUCAUGUUAUGUAUGGCAACCUUGACAUUAUGUAUUUAAUCCCAGCUUACUGGAAUACCCUGGGGGAAAAGUUUCCAAGCACCUAUUAUUAUAUUUUUCAAAGAUCCUUAUCCAGU